AUGGGUCUUUGUAAAUGUGAUAGGAAGAAGGUUACGAAUCUUUUCUGUUUUGAGCACCGCGUUAAUGUAUGCGAGUUCUGCCUGACAACUAAUCAUCCUACUCUACCCCCAACAACGGCACCUGCGGGCUACGAAUGUCCUGCAUGCGCCCAGUCCAUAAUUCCUCUUGCAAAUCAAGGUGGCCCUGUUGCUGAGGCUUUGCGUCAAAAGCUUGCUUCCGCUAAGUGGAUUAAACCGAAUCUUCAGGAAAGGUACAGUUCGGCUCGCACAAAGGCCGUAUCACAUAAGGCACACGAGUCUCUUGCGUUCAAUGAUGGAAAGCUUCUGGAUUCUGCCUUGGAUACUUUCGCGAAACAGUUCCUACAUGACCACGAAAUGGUAACUACACCACAAGCGCUGCCUCCUAGGUCAAAUGACACUGUCGUGUCUAUGGAUUUACAUGGUUCAGCCACGGAAAUUACAUCUGGGGCGGAAUUCCGAGGCAAUUCCACUGACAUACAAGUACCUGCAAAUGAAAGUUACUCAAAGCCACGAACUUUACUUAUCAAUUACGAAGACAGGGAUAAGUACCGGCGACACCCGUAUCCGCCAUCUCAAACAGCCGCGAAUGCGCUCGGUUUGAUGAGCCGUAUUUCUUCGGCCGCCUCGCGUAUCUUUCUUCGUUAUCGUUUAUUUUGCAUAUUUGGCCUCAUCAUCCUCAUAUUCUCCGCGUCGAUGAUUAUAGCGAGCAUAAUCGGUGAACCAGCGUCCUCUGAAAAAGCCAUGAUACCAUCAAGACUCAAAGUUCCUGCUGAUGCCUAA